UCGUAGUGUGUGGACGCCGCUUUGGAAGGGCGGCCGUCGCGUAAGCUACGGACCACGUGCACCUCGACUGCUUGCGCUUAGUUCUUCACGAACUGUGUGGGAGGUUAGUCCGCUACAUGAAUAUAAUGUUCCUUGAAUGUCAUGCGCUAAGCGUUCGCCGCGAAAAAGCGUAUUCCGCUUGCGCCCAGCAGUGAUGCGUGUGUGAGUUUUGCCCCUCCACGUGAUUUUGACAGUCGAAUCGUUGACAAAAGCCGGCUAGUUUUUUAUUUUCUUUUAUCAACAGUGCGAUGUGCGUGAACUGAAGCGACAGAGAAAGUGUUUUUGAUAAUAGUUUAGUGAAUGAACCGCCGACACAUAGAUAUGUUGUAAGAUCAAGGGACGCCACAUCAAGGAUGAUUAUAAAAUAUUACUUGGCCCAAUUUCCGCCGGCUAUGGAGUGUUUUCGUUUAUCGAGAUCUUCUAGCAGCAACACUCAGAUGUACCAAUGCUUUCUCAUCCUGCUGAUGUCUUCGGCUGUCUUCGCGAACGAUGGACUCUUUGGCUCCAAAUUCCAGACUGGUAAACAUAUUCUUUUUGAUAUCCCCGAAUACGACUUACUACACGCGAUCGGAGUGCCGUUCAGCAAUCCGAAAACCCAAUACUUCGAUGAAGGCCUAGAUGGGUUCCCUGCAUACGGCCUUAUGCCCGGAUCCGAUAUAAAAUCCCCGUACCGUCUCUUCAUGCCAGAGAAACUGUACUCAGAGUUUUCAAUCACGGCUACUGUAAGACCGGCAAACAAAGAUGGCGGCUUUCUAUUCUCAGUCGUUAACCCUUUAGAAACGGUAGUGCAACUAGGGGUCCAAUUGAUCCCAUCGGGUCCUGGAUUAACGAACAUUUCUUUGCUAUACACUGACGCUAAUAUUUAUGCGUUGUCGCAAACCAUUGCGUCUUUUGUUGUCCCUUCUUUUGCUAAGAAGUGGAGUAGAUUUGCUUUGAGGGUUACGACUGAUAAUGUGACUCUGUUUCUGAACUGCCAUGAGUUUGAUACGGUGGUUGUGAAGAGGAAUCCGUUGGAGCUGGUCUUCGAUUCUGCUUCUACUCUGUAUGUUGGACAAGCUGGACCGUUGAUCAGAGGGGCGUUUCACGGUGCGUUCCAAGAACUCAAGCUGUAUGGAUCCCCGACUCAAGCUGAAGUGCAAUGCGUCAACACUUUUGAGGAAUCCGGCGAUGGCGACGAGAUUGACAUUGACAAUUAUUUGGUCGACCAGGAAGAAGGUGACGCUGAGGGUUCGGGAAGGUACGGUACGAUACCACCUUUUCCACCACCACCACCAGGAUUAGAUGGAGGCUAUUCGUUACGACUGAAAGGCGAGAAAGGAGAUCGUGGACCAAGGGGUGCUCCAGGAGAAUCAAUAAGAGGUCCGCCGGGUCCACCAGGACCUCCCGGUCCUCCAGGCAUCUCUGGCACUCCGGGAGUGAUCGCUGAAAUAUCUGGCUCUGGUGAUGAUAGGAGUUCAGUAAAGCAGCAGAUAUUUGGAGAGAACUACGCUUCGCUUGGUCAAUGUGGCUGCAACUCGAGUACUAUACUAGCUCUCCUACAAACUGCCCCAGAGCUCAAAGGACCACCUGGACCACCAGGCAUAACUGGAGCUGAUGGACGAACCGGCGCUCCUGGAUUACCCGGUCAACCAGGAACUCCGGGUGAGCGUGGUCCUAUUGGUCCUCGAGGUGACAAAGGUGACAGAGGUGAUGUUGGUCCUAGGGGACCAGAAGGACCAGCUGGUGCUAAAGGAGAAGCUGGAGUCGAUGGAAGACCAGGUGUUGCUGGACCACCCGGACCGCCUGGACCACCAGGCACAUCAGACUAUAGUAACUUUGAUUCAAACUGGAAGCCUAGACAAAUAUACAAGGAGUCACUCCUCGGAUCUUACGGAGGUGCAAUUGGAAGACCAGGAGCCCCUGGUCCUAAAGGUGACGCAGGUCAACCAGGUCCAGUAGGACCACAAGGAGAACGAGGAUUCCCAGGUCAAAAGGGGGAAAGAGGUCAGGCUGGUAUGGGUGGAAGCAAAGGAGAUAGGGGUUACCCGGGACCUCAAGGAGAGCGAGGAUAUAAGGGCGACCGAGGAGGUCCAGGAUUGGAUGGAAGGCCAGGAAUACCAGGUGCCAGUGGUAGACCAGCUGACAAGGGAGAGAAAGGUGAACGUGGAGAGCCGGGACCACCAGGCCCACCAACGCUUGGAAUGUACAGUCCUGAAGAUGCAGAAUUCCUUACUACAGGACAAAGGCAGGCUGUGGUUGGCUCGAAAGGAGACAAAGGUGAAAAGGGAGAAAAAGGAGGUCGAGGCAACGACGGGCCCCCUGGUUUCCCAGGCAAAGAUGGCAAGGACGGUGACCGAGGGGACAUUGGACCCUCAGGCAUGCCUGGCAUCUCAGGACCACCUGGUCCUCCCGGGCUAAAAGGAGAAAGGGGCGAAAGAGGACCACCUGGACCUAUCAGCGUUACCAUGGCUGGAUCUGAUAUUGUCACUAUCAAGGGUGACAAAGGUGACGCGGGUUUGCGAGGAAGAAGAGGAAGGCCAGGACCAAGUGGUCCUAAGGGUAAUGCUGGAACACCUGGACCACCUGGACCGCCUGGAAGACCUGGAGAUAAGGGGGAUAUUGGGCUACCAGGAUGGAUUGGGCGUCCAGGAACAUUAGGACCACCUGGGCAGCCGGGGCCAGUAGGACCAAAAGGCGAGAAAGGAGAUCCAGGAGUAAACAUACUAGAUGUGUCAAUGUUCAAAGGUGAAAAGGGCGAGCGCGGCUUUGACGGGCUCCCAGGUCUACCAGGUGUGCCCGGUCCAGCGGGACCUCCCGGUCCAUCAGGAUCCCUAUCAGAAGCUGUCCAGUACUUGCCAGGACCACCUGGACCGCCUGGACCACCAGGACCUCCCGGUCCACCGGGAGUUUCCAUUGUUGGACCUAAAGGAGAACCUGGAUUCACACACUAUGAAGAACAUCCUGUACAUGGAAAUACCAAGUUCUACGGAAGACCGAUGUCCAAAAGUCCACUGGAUGAGCUUAAGGCUCUUAAGGAACUGAAAGACUUGAAGGAUAGAGACAGGGACAGGGAUAGACAUGGGCCCGUCCAAUCACAUCCAGCCGUACAACACACGGAAGAACCCAACAAGUCAGUUCCUGGCGCAGCUGUGUUCCAAACUACGGAGGAAAUGUUAAAGCUCGCCUCAUCGAGUGCUGUCGGUGCACUGGCUUACGUUGUCGAAGAGCAAGCUUUGUUUGUCAAAGUUAAUUCCGGAUGGCAAUACGUACUGCUAGGGUCGUUAGUAACCCAGUCUGCGCCGACGCACCCGACGCCUGCGCCCGCCCCACCACCACCAAUGCCAGCCGCCAGUUUAGUACACAAGCCCUCCAUAUCUAAUCUCGUUGAAAGUUCGCCUGUACCUGGACCCAGUCUUCACUUGGCGGCACUAAACGAGCCUCUGCCAGGCAACAUGCACGGCAUACGUCGUGCAGACUACGCGUGCUACCGACAAGGAAGACGAGCUGGCUUCAGAGGCACAUUCAGAGCCUUAUUGACUAGCAAGAUUCAAAAUCUGAACUCAAUAGUUCGUUAUUCAGAUCGUCACCUACCAGUUGUGAAUACUCAAGGAGAAGUCUUGUUCAAGUCAUUUUCGGACAUGUUCGAUGGUAAUGGAGCGCUAGCUGCCGGAGCCAGGAUAUACAGCUUUAAUGGAAGAAAUGUUCUCACUGACUCGCACUGGCCACAAAAAGUAAUUUGGCAUGGAUCCCGAGCUAAUGGUGAACGAGCCUUGGACAGUUACUGUCAAGAGUGGCAGAAUGGGGACCCCACAAGUCGUGGCCUUGGAUCCGCACUGCACUCACACAAACUACUGGCACAGGAGAGAUAUCCUUGCAGUAGUCACUUUAUUGUGCUGUGCGUAGAAGUAGCUUCGGAAAUAAACUCUCGAAGAAAACGAGAAACAAUAAGAUACAAUACAACGGGCAUACUCGAUGAAGACGACUACCUUUACAACGCGGAGGAAUACCAACAACUACUGAACGAAAUAUUUGCUCAACCAUUGAGAGAAAAUUAAAGCGUGACGUCAUCGCCUAACAGUGUUACGUCAGAAUGCACUAACGGCAUGUAAGGUUCAAAAUCGUAUAAUUUGUAUUGACGUUGUUUGCUAUCUUGAAAUUAAAUGUGAAAAUUUUGAAAUGAAGAGAUGUUUAAAUGUAAACUUUUGGCACUAAAGAUUGGCAAUUUAAAAACAUCUCUUCGUAAAUAGAAAAAAAAUUAAAGGCGACCGCCAUUUUGCCAUUGAUAGCUAAUUUAUAUAACAACUCUUUCGUUGUACGAUAAUUUCGAACUUCGAACGAAUCGAAAUCUCUUGUCGUUUCAUUCUGUUUGAAAAAUAUAGCCAAAAUCUGAGGGCGAUAUUGAAAUGAGAUUAAUAAAAAAUCAAGUCAGAACUUGGUGUUUUUGAGAUUCCUAUUAAACUAAGCGUGUAAGCUUAAGCCACUGAAAGUUACUACAUACCUACAUUCGUAUUACUGUAUGUAUAGUGAAAUGUAAUUAGUUUGCGCUUCAUACCGCGCUUAGAGUGUUUGUAAAUAAAAUUUUGUAAAAUGUAUCGAUUGGACAAUUUUAAGAGUAGAAUUACGAGUCGUCGUAUCAAGAAAAGGGGAAAUUUUAUUAUAAAUUAUAUUUAUUAGAAUAAAUUAUUUCGAUGACAUAAUUUUAUAAGUUUAGGUUAAGAGGUAAAACGCUUGAGAUACUUAUUUAUUCAAAUGUUUCAGGUACAAUAUUAGAUGUGGUUUGAUACCAAAAACAUUGUAAAUUCUUAGUAAAUAAUUUCUGUAUUGUUAAAGUUAGGCGACUCGUAAUACUACUCGAAUUAAUUCUAGUUUCUAGACAGAAUACCAAUGUUUGUGAUUCUUUUCGAGAUAUUAAUUCGAGACUGUAUAUAAUUAUUAUUCGAGAGGAUUAUUUUUUAUUUUAAGUCAAUUUUAAAGUAUUUCUUAGUAAAUGUGAAUGAUUUUAAUUCUUUCUUUCUAGCGAAAUAUUGUUACGAAACUGUAAUUGACUGAUUUUUACUUAAGCAUUUAUGCAGUUUAAUUUUUGCAGACAUGACAACAUUAUCAAGUCAAAUGUUCUAAAUUUUAAAUAAAGCUUUAGCAUAAUAAUCUUUGCUACGCGCGUAGUUCGAAUAUUCUGAAACAAAAUCUACAUGGCCGGGAUUUCGUUAUCAAAUAAAACUCCCAUUUGGAUUCUACACUACGAAAGCAAAAAAAAAUACGAACGAUAGAAAAAUAAUCGCUUUUAUUAUUCGUGUUCGUCUAUCUCAAUAAAAUAUUCGUUCGUUUAAAAAUUACGUAUUCAUUCAUAUUUGCAUAAAAAUCUUGUCCCAUGUCAUGUCUGCAUUUAUUUCCAAAUUUCGACAAUAAAAUCUUAUAUUUUACUGAAUAAUAUAUUCGAAUUAUAUACAUCAUGUAUCACUUUCUAUAUGACAAUGUAUUUAAUGCUAUAUUUAAUAUAAUAUUAUUACUCUUGUAAGCGAAACUUGGUCCAUAUACUUGACUUCUAGAUUAGUUAAUGGUCUUUCUAACCGCAUACGUAGUAUUAAUGCCUUUUGUAAUCCCUUUAUCGAUCUGAUGCCACGAAAUAAAUAAAAUUGAAGCUUAUUACUUACACUGUAGCAUACAUUAUUGUAUGUGGAUCGUCGUGUGCAAGAAACCUGAAGGACCAAUUUGGUCCUUUGAUACAAAUCUCGUGCCAUUCGAAAUAAUACAAUAAAAGUCUGAUUUAUUUGCUAUACAUACUUUGUAUUUAUACUAGAAAGUAGAAGUAGUGAAUUACCUGUAAUUUUACCAGUAAUUGUAAUUUUUAAUUUACUAGUCUCUCACUGUUUUACUGUUUUUGUAAGCUUAAAAGUAAUGUAGAGAAAAUGUAUUAGCGAAUUGAAACGUGUAUGAUUUUUAUCACUUGUAGCACGUUAGAUUCACUUGUAUUAAAGUAAAAUUUAGUUAGAUAUUUUUAUUGAAUUUGUUACAUAUUACUAAUAAUUUUAUUAAGUAUACAUUCGAAGUAAAAAAACAGUGAAACAGUAAAAUUUGUAUACAACAUGACAUACCAACAAGCAUUUAAGAUAUUGUUCGUAAGUUGUAUCGCUUCACAUCGAUUUAAUAAAACAAUUCGUGUAUUAUAUUAUUACAAACGACUGUAUUUAUAAAUAUAAGUAAACAAUAAAUGUUUUCACGACACAGUAAAAAAA